GACGUCAUAGAUAAGUACCUCUUUACCCGUCUGUAUUCCGUCAACCACCCAAGCGAACGGAGCGUAAAUCGCGUUUUGGGUUUCCUCAAACUAAAACCACUUCUGACUGCCAACGUGGACAGAGCUGACGCUCCCGUGAGAGCUCGCCCUGAAACCAGCUUUCCAAAUGAGUGACGGGGAGUGUGACUUCUUCUGCUUCUUCCGCUGCUGCUGAGUGUGCUCUCUAAGCGCCUCAGACCAACGGGAAGGCAGGGCGUCUAUGAACACUGACACGAGCGAAAGAGGCGUGGAAAGAAACGGGGACGUGCAGCUUCAAAGGAGCCAUUUUAGCCAAUCGGACAACUUUGAUCCGACAGGUAGGCGGGCCGUCUACCUGUCCGGGUAAUUGAUUCAAUCGACUGAAUGUCUGUGGAUAUGAACAGCCAGGCAUCGGACAGCAAUGAGGAAGACUUCGGGGUGAACUCUGAAGAAGAGGAGGAUGAGGACGAUGGAGGCGAAGAGGAGGAUCAGGGUGACAUUGCCGCCUACUAUGAGGGUGUGGCCAGCGAUGUUGAGCAACAGGGUGCGGACUCCUUCGACCCAGAGGAGUACCAGUUCACCUGUCUAACGUAUAGAGAGAGUCAGAAGGUGCUGACGGAGGAGGUUAACACUGUGGCUGCUGCACUGAAGGUUUUACCAGCAGUAGCAAAGCUGAUCCUGGUACAUUUUCACUGGCAGGUUUCACAAAUACUGGACAGAUAUAAGUCCAACUCGUCUCUGUUGUUGUCUGACGCUCUGGUCCAGCCCAGCAGCACCUGCCGAUCAGUCACUGCUCCUCAGUCCCUCCAGUGUGGUGUGUGCCUACAGGUUGUACGAAGAGACUCCCUGCUGGCACUACCCUGCCAGCACUCCUUCUGCAAAGGAUGCUGGGAGCAGUACUGCACUGUACUAGUCAAAGAUGGCAUGGGAGUGGGUAUCUCAUGUAUGGCUCAGGACUGUUCCCUGCAGAUGCCAGAAGACUUUGUCCUGCCGUUGCUGCCAGCAGAGGAGCUGAAGGACAAAUACAGACGAUACCUCUUCAGAGACUACGUUGAGAGUCACUUCCAGUUGCAGUUGUGUCCAGGUGCAGACUGUCCCAUUGUCAUCAAGGUGCAGGAGCCACGGGCGCGCAGGGUGCAGUGUAGCCGUUGCAGUGAAGUCUUCUGUUUUAAAUGCCGUCAGAUGUACCACGCACCCACAGACUGUGCAACGAUCCGGAAAUGGCUGACCAAAUGUGCAGAUGACUCGGAGACGGCUAACUACAUCAGCGCACACACUAAAGAUUGUCCUAAGUGCAAUAUCUGCAUUGAGAAGAACGGAGGAUGCAAUCACAUGCAAUGCUCAAAGUGCAAACACGACUUCUGCUGGAUGUGUCUUGGUGACUGGAAAACUCACGGUAGUGAGUACUACGAGUGCAGCCGCUACAAAGAAAACCCUGAUAUAGUCAACCAGAGCCAGCAAGCUCAGGCCAGAGAGGCCCUCAAAAAAUACCUCUUCUACUUCGAGAGGUGGGAGAAUCACAACAAGUCUCUGCAGUUGGAGGCUCAGACGUACCAGAGGAUCCAGGAGAAGAUCCAGGAGAGAGUGAUGAACAACCUGGGAACCUGGAUUGACUGGCAGUACCUGCAUAACGCUGCAAAGCUACUGGCUAAGUGUCGCUACACACUGCAGUAUACGUACCCUUACGCCUAUUACAUGGAGUCUGGCCCACGCAAGAAACUGUUUGAGUACCAGCAGGCACAGCUGGAAGCAGAGAUAGAAAACUUGUCAUGGAAGGUGGAGCGGGCUGACAGCUAUGAGAGAGGAGUGGUGGGAGGCGAGGGGGAGCUCAGUGCCAGUGACAGAGGGGAUCUGGAGAAUCAGAUGCACAUUGCUGAGCAGAGGCGACGCACGCUGCUGAAGGAUUUCCACGACACCUGAAGCUCCGCAGCGAUUGCAAAGAACCAGCAUCUCCCUCCUUACUUUCUCCCUUGCCUCUCCCACCUUUGCCUCCUUCUAUGACCAUCCCUUGGUGCAGUGAUACAGACCCCUACUUCUGCUUCUCUACAUUUGCUCAUUUGCUUCUUUCUUUCUUUCCCCCCUCUCACUCCCAUAAUGCUGCAGGGUCACAGAAUGGCACGAUUGAAUCUCUCCUUCUGUUUCUCAUCCUCACCUCAUUUAUUUGUUUUGACUUCAGGACAUCACAGUCACUGUGGUUACACUUGUUGCAACUUUUCAGAUCUGAUCAAUUGAUCUUAAUGGUCAAAUUAUGAGUUGUGGUGUGUCGGAAAACAGUGGGUAGACACUGACAUGAGCAGUCACAAGCAACAUGUUGCCUGUGUAAGUAGUCAGCUGUUUUCUCCAACAUUAUCCCAGCGAUGCUGGAAUAAUCAUUAGAGUAAAACUGCUAAGGAUGGAGCAGGUUUUGUUAUUAAGCAGGUGUGGGAAAUGGAAUACAUUUUUCUUUAAGGAGACUGCACUGAUUGUGGAUCUGUAGUUGGUGGUUUCACAUAAAACAUAAUGACUAGCUGGCUCUUGCAUGUACAAGAGUACCUGUCGCGCCUGCUGAAUUGGCCUGAACACAUGCAAAGUUGAUAUUCUGAACUUUCCACACAUUUGCAUUUACCCCUCCUAAACUGCAAUAUGUUAAUUGAAAUAAAUGGAUAAGAAACUGCUUAUAGGAAAGAUGAUUGAGUAGUGAAAGGUUUUAUGGAAAAGGUUGUUUGUUUACUUCAAGUAUUGCAAAAUCUCAAAACUGCGCCAGCUAGUGGAGUGUGAUACUUUUAGAUUAACCAUGUCGCUGACGCUGACCUGGCUCUGUUUUGAACAAACAUUAUUAUCAACUUGGACAGAUGAAUAUUUGGGGGGGGGCAACAAAAUACAGUUUUUCCCUAUGUGUGAUGCAUGUUCAUGUACACAAAAUACAAAAGAAUAAGAUGAAUGUGUUUAGAUGACAACUUUUUUAGAUUUGUCAUUAUUUAACUAUAAACGCACCCCCUUUGUCCCCUUUUUUGUUGCUUUGUGUUAGUACCAAAACUGACCUGCCAUAGCCACUACUGGCAGCAAAAUAACGGAGUCAUUAUGGCCGAAGUAACACUACUGAAUUACUCAGUCAAAUCUUUGUCUCUUUACAUUCUCAUACUGGUUGCUUGAUUGUGGUCAGCUAUUGUAGAUCCAAACCAGUGUGUGCCAGACCUUAUUAUUAAAAGCUAGCAUUUGUACCCCUACUGAUCAGAUGAUACAGUUGUUUUGAAGCACCAAGUGUAAUCUCAGCCAGUCACGCACACUACAGCACCACCCAUUGACAUCGCAUGCACACAUCAACACACACGCUCAAACACUCCGCUUUAGAAAAUUAACUGUUAAUUUGCCUGCUUACCCCAUCUUGUGCUUUUUUUUUUUUUCUUUACCUUCAUCCCCUCACUUUAAUUUGCUCUUUAUUUUCUCUUUUCUCCCUGCUCACAUUGUUUGCAUUUCUUCUGGAAAAUGGCUGUUGACAGAUUCUUUAAAAAAAAAAUGAAAAAAGAAAAACAUUAAAAAAAAAUUGUUGUAAUUUUCAACGGUUGUACAUUAAUACAGAAAUAGUUACUGAGAGUUUUUAAAACCA